AUGCAGUAUGGCGCCAAGGUGGCCAUUGCAGAACUCCCUUUUGCCAUUGUUAGCACGAAGCUCACAGCAGGGGGACUGGGAGGCACCUGCGUCAUCCGUGGCUGCGUUCCAAAGAAGCUGCUGAUUUACGGGAGCCAUUUGCUGGAGGACCCGCCGACGACCUUGUCUGAGGUCUCUAGGACUUCGUACUUCCGUCAGCCUGCAGGCUCACAGUUCAUCGGAGACAUAAUCACACUGGCCGUCCUACCGGGUGAUACUGGCGACGUGCAGCGUGGCCGCUUGAUCGAGUGUGGCUUGGCAUCCGUGCUGACUCCGGAUGCAAGUCAUGCCUUCUGGCUGCAGCGGGUGGUCUGCCUUGGCGCUGCCAUAUUGUGGGGUGGGGGCCACGCUACGGAGGUGCAGGGUGAGGUGAAACCGAGUCCGUUUCCUGAAGCUGCAUUCGAUUGCCCGAACACUUCCGAAGGGCAUUUCGAUUGCGGGAAGCAACUGGGUGCCCGUUUCGCCGGGCUGAUCGGCCAGGCAUUCAGUUUGGACAUCAGGCUCCAGAAGCUUCAUCAGAAGAUUUCACCCGUCAACAGCACUGGUUCAAGAAUCUUCAAGAUGUUGGCCGACAUCAACGCUGAGCGGUACCCGCUCCUGAUGCAGGAAGUGUAUGGCAUGGCGGAGGGCAGCGGGCAACCGCAGGACUUCGUGCUGCUCGCUAACCUACGACAGGAGGUGGAGACCGCGCUGGCAGAUGCGUCUGAGAGAAGAGUACCGGACGCUUGCACAGACGUGAUGGUGGUUCGGGAGGGUGUGACCGGCUUCGCACACAACGAGGACUAUGACAGCUUCCUCUUCGAUAAGAUGUACCUUGUCCGGCAAACGUGGCGCUCGACUUCUCCUGCAGGUGUGAACGUUUCGUAUGUUUCGUUUACCUACCCUGGGGUCCUACCAGGUUGGGCACCGGGUUGGAACAGCCACGGACUGGCCAUGACGUGGAAUGUUUUGUAUCCGCUUGAGUUAAAGCCAGGCGGCGGUGUUGCCGUGGCAUUUGUGUGUCGUGAUGUGCUCGAAAAGGCACGUUCGGCACAGGAGGCGGUGUCGCUGGCUGCGCCUCGGGAUUUAGCAUUGGGGCAGAACUUGAAUGUUGGUGUCGUCAGUGGCUUCGCCUCCAUAUUGCUGACAGCGGAGACUGCGCCGGGCGGGGAGUCGAAUGUGAAGACGGUGAGCGGGACCUGGUUCCAUGCCAACGAGUACCUCCGCAUGAGCGUCCAGCAGUCGAGCUCCUCAUUGACGAGCAGCAAGCACCGGCGAGCGACCUUCGAAGCUACAGAGCCAAAACCGCAAACCUUGCCGGAUGCUUUGCACGUGCUGGGUGAUACCAGCGACAGGGAAUAUCCCAUCUUCCGCCGCCACGAUGCCACCCAGGAGGACACGCUGUUCACCGUGGCCUUCGAUCUUCAGGCUGGCCAAGUCACUGUGUACCGCGACAACCCGCGCUUUGGUGCUGCAGUAGUUGUCCUCCAGGAGGAGCUGUGGGCUGCCAGAGCAGCCGGAGCAGCAAUUGUGAACAGGUUUCUUGUGUGA